GGCGGAAUGACGCAUGCGCUCAUCGAUCGCUCAAUCAAAUUGUGUAAAUAUUGCGUUCGCAAAGCGUCUGUAUUCCAGAGCGCACCGCCAUGUGGAACCGUGCGUUGGAUUUCAACUGGACUCAUCUUCUUCUCAUUAUCACUCCUAUCUUAAUGACUGCAUUCUUCCUUACGAAGAGAAGAUGUUUAAAAACAGAGCCCCUCCCUGGUCCAAGAUCAAGAGCCUUGAUAUUAUAUUGCAUGAUGAUGAAGACAGUUUACUGUGGAAAGGAGAAGUCUAUGAACUCAUUAUGUCUGCUGCUGCAAGUAGCAAGUGGCUUAUGUCAGAUGUUUGAAAAGGAAAAACUCUUUAGAAUUUUUGUGGCUACAAGACCUUUUGUAUUCUUCUACAAACCAGAAACAGUAGAGGUGGUACUAAGCAGCAAUGUUACAAUAGAAAAGUCUAGUGAAUAUCAGUUUUUGCAUCCUUGGUUGGGAACUGGCCUUCUUACAAGCAAAGGAGAUAAAUGGCGUUUCAGACGGAAAUUAUUGACGCCGUCGUUUCACUUUCGAGUGCUGGAUGAUUUCAUACCCAUAUUUGAUGAGCAGUCAAUGGUUCUUGUCUCCAAAUUACAGUCUGUCGUCAAUGAACCAUGGGUGGACAUUGUGCCUCUAAUAACAAUGUGCACACUUGAUAUUAUCUGUCAGACAGCCAUGGGAGUCCGUAUCAACGCCCAAGGAGGAGGCUGCAGCGAUUAUGUUAAAGCUAUUUAUGAAAUUGGUGAAACAUUUCUACAUAGAGCUCUCCGUCCGUGGCUUUGGAGUGAUUUAAUUUUCAACUGUCAUCCAUCAGGGCGAAAGUUUAAAACCAACCUUCAAAACGUUCAUGGGUUUUCGAGAAAGGUUAUAAAAGAGAAGAAAGAAUAUAUGCUUCAGUUAUCUUCAGGAGGAGGAAUUCAAGCAGAGGACGUUGAUAGAAGUCCUUCUCAAAGAAAAAAGAGGAAGGCGUUUUUGGAAUUACUUUUAGAACUUCAUUUGAAAAAUGAGUCAUUCACAGAAGAGGACAUCCGCGAAGAAGUAGAUACUUUUAUGUUUGAGGGUCAUGACACAACAGCUAUGGCUAUUUGUUGGACACUGCAUAUGCUAGGUUUGCAUCCGGAGGCACAAGAAAAAGUCUUUAGGGAAUUGGAUGAUAUAUUCCGAGACGACCCAAAUCGUACUGCAACACGUGAAGAUCUAACACAGAUGAAAUAUUUGGAAUGUGUUAUAAAGGAAACUCUUCGUUUAUAUCCGUCCGUUCCAUUCAUUGCGAGAGAAUUAAAUGACUCCAUCGAAGUCGGAAAAUACAAAAUACCGGGGGGAAGUGUAUGUUUCAUUUUCCCCUGGAUGUUACACAGGGAUCCAGAAUCAUUUCCAGAACCGGAGAAGUUUGAUCCAGAACGCUUUUUUCCUCAAAACAGCGUUGGAAGACAUCCAUACUCUUAUGUUCCAUUUUCAGCAGGACCUAGAAACUGCAUAGGACAAAAAUUCGCUAUUAUGGAGGAAAAAACAGUGUUGGCUAACAUACUUAGAAGAUUCCGGAUCGUAUCCUUGGACCCCAGGGAUAGAGUGAAUGUUAUGCCUGACCUCAUCAUUCGCAAUGUAGAUCCUCUUCGGAUACAUUUCACACCGCGUUGCUGAUGUCUCCGGAAAUAUGAAAAUUUUAAUAUUGUAUGAAUUGUGUAUGAUUCUUUCAAUGGUCUCCAACGCAGAACUUUUUGGAGCGGUUGAAGACUGCAUCUCGCAUGAUGUGGAAUAGAUCAAAAUGAAUUUCAUUCCUCGAUACCGAUAUCUCCAGAAGGAGAGAAAUUUGAUAUUACUUAGUUAAUACAAUAAAACCCAUAUCUAGUCAGUAUGUUACUUAGAUUCACCAAAGAUUAUAUUGAGCUCUGAGGUUUAUAUUUUGUUCUUUAAACUCCUAUUCCUAUUGAUAUUAUUGGUAACGUCUGUGAUCCUCUGUGAUCUUAUAAAUAUCGGUCAGAAAACUAUCUGAAAAUUGCUGCUAGAAGCAAUGAUGUCGUAAAAAUAUUUUAUUACUGUUCAGCCUUUUUUAGUAUAAUAUGUAUCUCAUAUUUUAAAGUAUUUAUUCGAUAACCAGCUUAUUCCACGUAUCUCAAUACAUCCCCAGAUCUCAUGCUAUUUGAUAUGAGUGUUUUGCAUAUUGCUUUCGUUUUAUCCAUGAUAACUUGUCAUAUCAACAGUUUAAGGGAGAAAAAGUUUUUUAUUUAGCCAUUCACAUAUCAAGUGUUUCAGGAUUACCAACAAACAGUUUUUCCGAAUCCAAAAAUAAAUUUUAGAAAUUGAAACAGAUUGAUGUGUAAAAUAUUUAAGAACAGACUUGGCUUCUGGAUUGCCCCACCUAGUCAUUCCAGUUUUUAUUUUAUAGCAAUUAUCAUUAUCUUCUCCGGUAGUUCAACUAUUUCAUUGACAGUCUAAGUCAGACAGUGUCCUAAGGUGUCGAAUUUAUAUUAAGUAUAUAUUUGAAAGCAUUUUUUUUACCCCAGUUGUGGCUUCUUGUUUAAUCGUAUUAGCAUUGUCUCACAAGAUCUUCAGCAAUCUUCCUUUUUCUUUUUUUCCUCCUCACAAGUAAACCUUCUCUCCUUUGAUACCGGUUUUCCGGAAACCUAUACAUUUUCUGAAAGCUUAUGUCACAAGUGGAAAAACUGUGAAGUCUUAGGGUCAGAGAAGCGUUUAGGAGCUAUAGGACCCAUAAAUUAUCAUUAAAGUGUGUGUAGAUGGACAUAUUCCCGUAGUAACUGUCCCUAUUUCUUGUAUGUUCAUGCAUUGUCUGCUUCCGAAGUACCUGAUGUUAAAGUCCUAAUAAAAGAACUAGUACCUGAAGAAUGUAGAGGAAAGAUCCAGCCUCUGGAUAUUUAUUUCUUCAAGCACUACAAAUAUUUUGUUCCUUCCAUAAUGGACACAAUCAUUAUCAAGACACCAGGAGUACCUUUGGCAUCGCGAUAGUUUUCUGGCCCUGCAGACUUUUCACUAUGUCAGUUCAGCUCUCAUCGUUUCAAGAAUUUGAUUAAGUAUGGCCUUUUUAAGGGUGGAUACUUGGACGACGAACCUGAAAUGUGGAUUACUGCUUCGAUUCAUUGACAAAUGAUGAGUGUGCAAAGAGUAAGGCUAUCGCUUUUGUAAAAUAUGCUCAAUGUUAUCUGUCUCUCUUCCCGUUUCACUGUUUAUUUGAUGAACUGCACAUUGAUUGUCUCUUGUAAUAGAUUUUAAAGUUAACAACAAGUCACAUUUUCAACAUCCCAACGUAUAUCGUUUCUUUUCAACGAGUUGUUGUUUCCUUUAUAUUGAAAUCUCCAUCUUCUUACCGUAUUAUUAACUCAUAUAAAUAUGUGAAACGCGCAUUUUCGUUACGUUUGGUGUCAUGUUUCCAACAUUAUACUGAUACUUGGUGGAUCCUAUAGCUCCUCAACGCUUGUCCCUCUGCCUCUAAGAUUUCAGUUUUUCUACUUGUGGCAUAAGCUUUCAGAAAAUGUAUGGGUUUCAGGGAAACCGGUAUCAAAGGAAAGAAAGUUUACGUGUCAGUACCUUGUUCUCUUGUUUUCUCAUUUUCCCAUUUCAUAUGAUUAGCAAUUUAAUCGGUAUCUACAGCGAUAUGCACAUUUCUAGAAUCGUAGUUAGCAGAAAUGAGAGUAAUUGCUUGAGUUCUAGUUACAGUGAGGGUAAUUAGUUUUCCUUCCGUUUUUCUAGUCAAAGCCAUUAAAGGAGCUUGCAUUUCUGACAGUACUUGUUGCAUUUUUGCCAUCUUUUUUAUGAAUAGUCAUUCAAAUUAAUAGCAGGAAUAAUUUUAUACACACGUUCAGAUCACAGUGUAUGUUAGCUAACUGUUCAUAUAGCUAGUCGAGAUAGUUUGGUUAUUGUUGAAGAUGUCGCAAAUAAUAUUAGGAUAUCUCGUAUUAAAAGGCUCAAAAAUUCUUUUUAACCUAUUAAGUCAAAGCGGGUGUUAAUUUUUUUGCGCCAAUUGUUGCUGAAACCUCAAUUUACCGGUAAUUUUGUUAUUAUUUGAGUAAAAUAUGACCAUUGUUGAAUGGGCGAACUAGUCUAAAAGAUUCAGCAACUUAUUUUUUAUAGAGGUAUCGAAAAGGAUUUAACAUUGUUCCAUCUUUAAAACUUUGUCGGUUUGAAAGCAGUAUUUAGGGCAUUUCCAAAUUUUUUUGGCAAUGUCGCUAAACUGAUACAUCUUAUAUCUCUUUAUCUAGUCGCAUUAUUCUUAAUCUAUGAAGUGCACUUUACGUGGAAUAUUCAUAAUGUAACAUGAUAUAAUAACUGAACAUUUAUUUAAAGAGCUUAUGUGAGAUAAUUAGAUGUACUUAUAUCAUUUUGUAAUAUAUAAAUAUGAGUAAUGCUUAGUGAAGAAAAAAAAGACAAAUUAUUUACCCCUCAGUGUCUUAGUGAGUAUGCAAGUAUAACAUAGUGGGAUUUUAAAGUUAAUGUUUAUAUAUCUGCAUUUCGCAUCUUAAACCUUUAGAAAAUGUCACUCAUGAGACGUAGCUAUUGUAUGGAAUGCUGAUGUAUAUGUAGGUAAACAUUUAAAAACACAAGAUUAUCUUAUUCAUUACAUUAUGUGACUUCUGAAGAGGCAGCUUGACUAGAAUAACCAUACAUGCAUGCUAUCUGAUACGAGUUUGUAUGUAAAGUGAUUUUAAGUGAUGCUUUUCAUUUCUAUGUAAGUGAAAAUGAUUUUUUUACUGUGUUUAUAAGUAUGUUUUUGGCUGUUUCUGUAAUACUACAUGAAAGAAUUGACCUUUGUAAAAAAGUGUAACUCUGAUUAGAAAGGUGUCUGCCGAAAACGUCGCGGACGAAAACGUUGCGGAGAACAGAACGCAAAGUAAAACCCUCGUGCAAAAUUUUUGGGGGGGGGGGAGAAAGCAAGAAGAAAACAUCGUAGUUCUGGUUUUGGUUUAUGUGAUACAGCAAAGCUUCGAAGGCUAUCUGCCUGAGGAGAGGGAUGCCUUCAUGGAGGACAUUCUAAG